AUGAGUGCCUUGCGUGAAGACUACAAACUGUCCGCUGCCAUAGACUUUGGGACUACUUACUGUGGCGUAAUGUAUUCUUCGAAGAAAGACUACGAUGAAAAAAAUCCUCUGUACAUCUUCGCAAAUCAAAACAACAAGGGAGACAAGACGACGUCACUGCAGGAACCGACCACUGUACUGAUUGACCCACAAAGACAGUUCCAUUCCUUUGGAUUAGAGGCGGAGAAGGAAUAUGCCAGACUGGCAGCCAAAAAAGAGCACGAAGAAUAUUAUUACUUCCGGCGCUUCAAGAUGACAUUGCAUAGACAUGUGGAACUGGCAGAGUAUACAAUGCUGGAGGACAUCAAAGGGAAAAAGUUUAGAGCGAUUUCAAUUUUUGAAAUGGCAAUUGGGUGUUUAAAGUCUCGUCUUCUUGCAACCAUUAAAAAGCGUGGGUAUGAAGGGAUCGGAGAGUCAGAUAUUCGGUGGGUGAUAACCGUUCCUGCCAUUUGGUCAGAAGCUGCAAAGCAGUAUAUGAGAGAUGCAGCACGUGCGGCGGGUAUUGGAGACAGUCAACUUUUAUUAGCAUAUGAACCAGAGGUGGCAUCAGUAUUUUGCAAAGAAGUCUCCGUAGAUGCAAGGAGCACCGAUUUCAUCACUGCUCUCAACCCUGGACAAAAAUUCAUGGUUCUUGAUCUUGGAGGUGGCACAGUUGACGUCACACUUCAGGAAGUUCUUUCUGACGGAAGUCUAAAACAACUGCAUGCGCCAAGUGGUGGGGAUUGGGGUGGUGUAGGAAUAGACGAUGCUUUUUACUCUCUGGUGGAAAAGCUAGUUGGAAAGGAUAUUUUUGAAGAAUUCAAACAUCAACAUAUGUUCGAGUGGAUGAAAUUUCAACAAGAUUUCGAGCAAGAGAAAAGAACAAUGACCCCGGAUACAAGCCUGAUGAUUCAGUUACCUUCUCACUUAACCGAAUUACAUGCCAAAAAGUCAAAAUCAUCCUUGAGGGAUAUAACAAAGCAAACAUCCUUGGAAAACAAAGUUGUCUUUCUUGAGAAUAAUAUUAUCGAAAUAAAAUCAAGCGUUUUGAAUGAUUUUUUCAAACAAACCAUCGAUUCAAUCAUUAAACAUGUUACAGAAAUUCUCCAAAUUCCAACAGCUGCUGGACUUCACACUAUUUUACUCGUUGGAGGUUUUGCAGAAUCGAACAUUGUAAACUCAAAAAUCACGAAAGCUUUCAAUGAUAAAAAGGUGAUUGUCCCGCAUGAGGCUGGAAGUGCUGUUUUAAAGGGUGCAGUGAUUUUUGGUCAUAACCCCAAAUCCAUUUCAGCCCGAAUAAGCCCCUUUACUUAUGGGUUGAAAACAAGACGCCAAUUCAAUCCCAAAGAAGAUGAAGAGAGAAAGAAAACCAUAACAAAAGAAGGUAAAGCAGUAGUCACUACUGCAUUUGAUAAACAUAUUGAAAUCGGAGAAACCAUUUAUAUUGCUAAGGAAUUGACAUUGCACAACUUUUAUGUGAUUGAUACAAAUAAUCCAGAAGUGUUUUGGAAAGUGUAUCGAUCAUCAAAGAAGAACCCAAGGUAUUGUGAUGAAGAGUGUCAAAAUAUUGGACAAUUGACCAUUCACUUACAACAGGCUAUUGCAUCUAGUGGGAAAAGAGAACUGGGAGUGCGUAUGGUCUGUCGAGGAACAGAGUUGGAAGCUAUCGCUGUUGAUAAGCAAACAGGGUAUUAUUACCGCGUGUCGUUUGAUUUUCUGAAAAGGAUGUCACAAUAGAAUGUUUAAACUACUUCAUAUCUAUA